AUGCAGCAGGGCGUGGAGCUGCAGCAGCAGCGGCCGUUGCAGCCUGCCUCCCCUGCGGGGAGCAGCAGAGCGGCCGCCUGCAGCAGCAGCAACAGCAGCAGCAGCAGCAGCAACUCCGCAGGGACACCACGCAGUGUGCGCUGUGCAGAUGUUGCCGCUGCCAUGGAGCUGCUUCCUAAGGAUCUAGCUCAGCAGCAGCAGCAGCAGCAGCAGCAAGUCUAUUCACCGAAUAGAGGCGCAGGGCUUCGCGUUGCGUCGUUUCCGUACCUGGUGCAGCAGCAGCAACAGCAGCAACAACACCCGCAGCAGCAGCAGCAGCAGCAGCAGCAAUCGGCGCCUUCGUCCACAGCCAGGAGCCGCGAUCCGCCGCUUUCCCUGCUGGAUGCGGUUGUUCGUAACCACAGCAGCAGCAGCGGGAGCAGCAGCAGCGGCAGCAGCAGCAGCGGCACAAGCAGCAGCAGCAGCAACAGCAGCAACAACAGCGGCUGGGGGGCCUUCGUGCCCAAUCAUGGCAACAGCUUUGCAUUUGCUGGAGUCGGUGUGCAGCAGCAGCAGCAGCAGCAGCGACAGCAGCCGCAGUGGCAGCGGCAGCUGCAGCAGCAGCAACAGCAGCAGCAGCAACAGCAGCAGCGACACAGCAGUCCACUCUGGGAGAACCUGCAUCCGCAGCAGCAGGCGCAGAAGUCGCCUUUGCUGCAGAAGCCGCAGCAGCAGCAAAUGCAGCAGCCACAGCUUCAUCUGCAACGAGCCCAGCAGCAGCAGCAGCAGCAGCAGCUGGCGCAGCGGCAAAGCAGCCCGCUCCGGCUGCAGCAGCAGCAGCAGCUGACCCUCGGUGUGCAGCAGCAGCAGCAGCAGCAGCGACAGCAGCCGCAGUGGCAGCGGCAGCUGCAGCAGCAGCAACAGCAGCAGCAGCAACAGCAGCAGCGACACAGCAGUCCACUCUGGGAGAACCUGCAUCCGCAGCAGCAGGCGCAGAAGUCGCCUUUGCUGCAGAAGCCGCAGCAGCAGCAAAUGCAGCAGCCACAGCUUCAUCUGCAACGAGCCCAGCAGCAGCAGCAGCAGCAGCUGGCGCAGCGGCAAAGCAGCCCGCUCCGGCCGCAGCAGCAGCAGCAGCUGACCCGUCCGUGGCUGCAGCAGCAGCAAGCGCCUUCUGCUCAGCAGCAGUGGGUGAAGCCCCGAAGGGUUUGGAAUACUUACAGUAUGCAGCUUAGCGGCAGCAGCAGCAGCAGCAGCAGCAGUAGCAGCAACGGUGGCGGCCACUAUAGCAGCGGCAGCAACAACCGCAGCAGCAGCUACAGCAACAGCAGCCCCAGCAGCAGCAGCUGCAGCAACAAGAGCAGCAGCUGCGUCGGGGCAAUGCUUCUAUGCGGGGACCCAUCAACGCCACCUGUGCCUCACAGGCGACAGCAGCAACAGCCGCAGCAACAGCAGAUGCAGCAGCAGCAGCAGCAGCAGCAGAUUCGUUGGAGCGGACAGCAGCAGCAAGUUCUGAAUUGGCACAACAUGCGGCAGCAGCAGCAGCUGCAGCAGCAACAGCCGCUACAACAGCAGCAGCAGCUACAACAGCCGCAGCAACAGCGAGGGCUGCUGCAGCAGCACGCCAUCCAGCGGACCCCAGCAACCACGGGGCACGCAGCAACUACGCUGCAGCAGCAGCAGCAGCAGGUGCUGCUGCCGCCGCAGCAGCAAAGGGGAUUGCAGUCGCUGCAGCAGCAGCAUCUGCAGCAUCAACAGCAGCAGCAUCUGCAGCAGCAGCAUCUCAGCCAUCAAGUGCAACAAAGUAGCCCUUGGCAGCGGCAGCAGCAACAGCAACAGCCGCAGCUGCAACAGCAACAGCAGCUGCAGCCUCAGCAACAGCAGCACCUACAGCAGCAGCAACACCAACAGCCUCCACAGCAGCAGCAGCAGCAGCAGCAAGAGCAGCAGCAAGACUACUCGUGGCUGCGUGUGGAGUGGGGAGAAGAUAUUAUGGAUUUGCUGGAGGCAGCAAGCGCAGAGGACUUAGCCUACAGCAGCAACGGGAGUUCUGCAGUUGCUGCUGUUGGAGACGGCGCAGCAGCAGCAACAGGAGCAGCAGCUCUGCAGCCUGCUGCUUCUCCUCCUGCUGCCGCAGCAGCGAGCACCGCAGCAGGAGGCGUUGCUGGAGCCCGCCGGCGCAGCAGCGGCAACAGCAGCAGCAGCAGCAGCAGCAGCCGGAUAAGGGCAGGCUGGGGUUCUGCUGCUGCUGCAGUGCUGCGAGUUGACUUGCGAGAGGAGAUUUGCGUUAUUUGCUCGGAGGUGCUGCUGCAGCAGCAGGAAAUAGCCUCCCUCCCAACCUGCUGCCACCUCUUCUGCUUCGCGUGUCUCUACAAGUGGGCUUCUAUAAGCAGCAGAUGUCCUCUCUGCUCCACGGCCUUUACUACCAUUGUUCGUCGGCGCGUCAGCGCAGCAGCAGCAGCAGCAGCAGCUGCUGCUGCUGCAGCGAGCCAAAAGGCUGCUGUGAAAGACGAUCCCCAGGGAGGCCCGGUGAAGACUGAGCAGCAGCAGCAGCAGCAGCAGCAGCAGCAGCAACAGCAGCAGCCGAUCAUCUCGUUGUCUUCUGGUUCUGUCUCAGCACCCCAACUGAAGCAGCCAAGCAGCGGCAGUACGGAGACAGCAGCAGCAACAGGAGCAGCAGCAGGAGGAGCAGCAACAGGAGGCGAAGCAUGUUUGAUAGGGUUGCAGCUGGUUGAGGAGGUGCCGCUUCCUCCUCCUGUGGAGCGGCGACGGGGAUCGGGAUCGGUGGGAUCGGUGGGAUCGGUGGGGUCCUUUGGGGGGUGCGAAGUGUGUGGGCAAGAUAAUGAUUGGAGUCGGCUGCUGCUCUGUGAUGGCUGCAAUGAAGCUUUUCAUAUAUAUUGUCUCUCUCCCCCGCUUCCUGCUGUUCCGCAGGGAGACUGGCGCUGCAGCAGGUGCAGCACGCCCGGGCGCAGACGCCAGCAGCAGCAGAGGCAGCAGCAACGGCAGCAGCAGCGGCAGCAGAGGCAGCAGCAGAGGCGACAGCGGGGGCGAAGGGGACAGCAUAGACAACGCCAAAGAGACACAACGGAGCCCCGUGCACGACGUACACGCAGCAGCAGCAGCAGCAGCAGCAGCAGCCGCGCAGCAGCAGCGGGGCUAGAACCGGGGAGAAGACCGAGGAAGAGGAUUAAGAAAGCAACGGAGGAGACUGCAGCAGAAGCUGCAGCUGCAGAGGGCACCAACAGCAGCAGCAGCAGCAGCAGCAGCAGCAGCAGCAGCAGCGCAUUGGCGAAUUUCGAUUCCUUUUCUCUCAACAGCAGCGCGAGGCCGACUACUGGUGGGCGCCUUCAGCGAGUGGGGCGGAGGGACAGCAGCAGCAGCAGCGGCAGCAGCAGCAGCAACACCAGGAGGAGGGCCCCCCUGCGGGUUCUGAGGAGGAGAGGGGGCCCCAGGAGACGACGCCACUCCUCCAGCGGCGUUGAGAGCUGCAGUGAUGAUUCUUCUGAUCUUCACGACUUCAUUGUACACAGCAGCAGCAGCAGCAGCAGCAGCAACAGCAGCAGCAGCGAUACCAGCAGCAGCAGCAGCGAUACCAGCAGCAGCAAUAACAGCAGUGACAGCGAUAGCUGCACCGAAGUCUCCCCCAGAAACAACCGACCGACGAACUGCAGCACCACCAAUAGAAGCAGCAGCAGCAGCAGCAACAGCAACAGCAGUGCAAGCAGCACCUGUGAUCGGAGCAGCAGUAUUGCAGCGGGCAGAAGAAUCUUGGGCACCCCAAUCGGGCCACAGAGCAAUCAGCAACAGCAGGAGCAGCAGCAGCCACUGCAGCAGCAACAGCAGGAGCAGCAGCAGCCACUGCAGCAGCAGCAACAGCAGCAGCAACAGCAGCAGCAGCAGCAGCAGCAACGACAGGUAAACCCACAGCAGCAGCAAAAGCCAACAGUAGCCGCUCGAAGAUGCAACGGGGUGCAGGCGCUGCUGCGUCGUUAUUUUGUCGCAGCACCCGGCAGAAACGGUGCAAACAGCAGCAGCAGCAGCAGUAGCAGCAGCAAUAGCAGCAGCAAUAGCAGCAGCAGCAGCAGCAGCAGCAGCAGGGCGGCAGUGUAA